UCAGGAUGAGUCUCAUUGGAAAAGCAGUCAGAAGUGUAGAGAGAGAAGCUACAAGAAGCUUGAGGAGUAUUUCAACGUCUGUAGCACGUAAAUCUGAUGCUCUCUUUGUCCAUAGAGACACAGAAUAUAACAACAGCUCAAUUCCAUUCAAAUUCACCGCUGAGAAUGAACCAAUCAUCAAUCAAAUAUUAGCCAGAUAUCCACCACAGUACAAGAAGGGCGCAAUUAUGCCACUCUUGGAUCUCGCACAAAGGCAGAACAAAGGCUGGACGUCUAUAAGUUGUAUGAAUGAAGUCGCGAAAAUGGUCGAAGUUCCACCAAUGAGAGUCUACGAAGUUGCGACGUUCUACACGAUGUUUAAUAGAGAACCUGUUGGUGACCACCUCGUACAAGUUUGCACUACAACUCCAUGUAUGCUUAAUGGCGCAUACGAGAUUAUGGACACUAUCGAGAAGGAUUUGGGUGUUGAGGCAGGUCACACCACUUCAGAUAAGAAGUUCACUUUGUUAGAAGUUGAAUGCUUAGGUGCAUGCUCUAACGCUCCAAUGGUACAAAUUAACGAUCACUAUUAUGAGGAUCUUACAAAAUCAACAACUUUAGACAUUCUUAAGCAACUCAAGCAAGGUAAACAACCAAAGAUUGGCCCACAAUCUACUAGACACACCUGUGAGAACUCAGCUGGUCUCACAAAUCUCACAGAAAAACCAUACGGUCCUGGUCAGCAUUGCCAACCUGAAUUUCAGUAAUUAAUAAUACAUUUCUUCUAUUUCUAC